ACCUUUAUGCAUAUCCUAAGCAGUCACCUAUAUCUUUAUUCGAAAGACUUUUUAUUCUUUGACAGUUUGAUUUGGAAGUUUUAUUCGUCUACAUCAGUAAAUAAUGUGUGUGUGUGUGUGUGUGUGUGUGUGGUGUGUGUGUGUGUUACACAACUUGGACUUUUCAAAGUAGAAUGGAACUAUGUAAACCCUCUGAGAUGAGCGGUGUCGUUAUUUAGCCUGAAUCAUCAAGCACCAUGAUGGUUUGGCCACCAUCAGUGUACUCUGUACAUUCGAUUCUUUUCUUCAUAAUGUUCUGUGCUGUAGUAGAUGAAGUACCGACGAAAUGGCAUUGACUCUUUGACCACCAGGGAAAUGUUCUGAUCGUCGUGCUCCCCUAAAAAAGCAGCCAGAGGCUGGGAACAAAUCUGACUCAAUGCAAAGGAGGACUGAGAGGUCAUACUCUCUCACCCGAUCGCUACUUUUGUUUUUUUUUAAAGUCUUCUCUUCUGUUUGAAAAGGAGGGGGGGAAAAAGUCGGCACUGGCGUUAAGAGAUGCUUGAACGUCACCAAACAAAGCAAGAAACGUACAGUGGAAUGUGCCGCCGCGAAUGGCCUGUUUCCUCUUCCCGUAAAUAACAACCCCCUUCAUCCUUGAGUUGGGCUUUCGGUCCAGCUUUUCCCGCCGGGUGUCACUUCGGCCACAAGAUGGCACUGACCUGCAAACAAAGGAGAACACAGCGGCACCGACUUUUGAAAGCCUUGUGAAAUCAUUGCCUUGAUUCGCGGAGUCGAGGAGUGUGUGGGGUUGAGCGAUUACUUUCCGCUGCACCGUGCGUGUGCGCCCAACAAUGUGUGCGGAUUCGUUUAAUUGCUUGGCUUCCCAGAAUUCCUAGGCAACGCACCCCCGAGGUGCACAUCCAAGAUUUUUCAGUUCCAGGGAAUGAAGAAUUCAGAAUAAUUUUGAUAAGUGGAUUCCAAUAUGGGGAAUAAGAAUAAGCUGAACAUUUGACCUGCUUUGAAGAGACAUACUGUCCAUUUGUGUAAUCUAUAACCACCAAACCAAUCAAAAUGAAUUCAACAGUCUUUUCCCAGGUUGAAAAUCAUUCAAUCUACUAUAAUUUUUCAAAGAAGAAUUCCCAGUUUUUGGCUUUUGAAAAUGAUGACUGUCAUCUGCCCUUGGCCAUGAUAUUUACAUUAGCUCUAGCUUAUGGAGCUGUGAUCAUUCUUGGGGUCACUGGAAACCUGGCCUUGAUCAUAAUCAUCUUGAAACAAAAGGAGAUGAGAAAUGUGACCAACAUCCUGAUUGUGAACCUUUCCUUCUCAGACUUACUUGUUGCCAUCAUGUGUCUCCCCUUCACAUUUGUCUACACAUUAAUGGACCACUGGGUUUUUGGUGAGGCGAUGUGCAAGUUGAAUCCCUUUGUGCAAUGUGUUUCAAUCACUGUGUCCAUUUUCUCUCUGGUUCUCAUUGCUGUGGAACGACAUCAGCUGAUAAUCAACCCACGAGGGUGGAGACCAAAUAAUAGACACGCUUACGUGGGUAUUGCUGUCAUUUGGGUCCUUGCUGUUGCUUCUUCUCUACCCUUCCUGAUCUACCAAGUCUUGACAGAUGAACCAUUCCAAAAUGUCACACUCGAUGCAUACAAGGACAAGUACGUAUGCUUUGACAAAUUUCCAUCGGACUCUCAUAGGUUGUCUUACACCACUGUCCUCCUGGCGCUGCAGUAUUUUGGCCCACUCUGUUUUAUAUUUAUUUGCUACUUCAAGAUAUAUAUACGCUUGAAAAGGAGAAACAACAUGAUGGACAAGAUGAGAGACAGUAAGUACAGGUCCAGCGAAACCAAAAGAAUCAACGUCAUGCUGCUGUCCAUUGUGGUAGCGUUUGCCGUCUGCUGGCUGCCUCUGACCAUCUUUAACACGGUGUUUGAUUGGAACCAUCAGAUCAUUGCUACGUGCAACCACAAUCUCUUAUUCCUGCUCUGCCACCUCACGGCAAUGAUAUCUACCUGUGUCAACCCCAUAUUUUAUGGAUUCCUGAACAAAAAUUUCCAGAGAGACUUACAGUUCUUCUUUAACUUUUGUGAUUUCCGGUCUCGGGAUGAUGACUACGAGACAAUAGCCAUGUCGACCAUGCACACAGAUGUUUCUAAGACUUCUUUGAAGCAAGCAAGCCCAGUUGCAUUUAAGAAAAUCAACAACAACGAUACUGAAAAAAUCUGAAGCUGCUGUAGCAUAUAGUCUCAGCUGACAUCUGUUUCAAAACAAUCACAACCUACAACAUACUUUCAUUACCUGUUCAGCCGAGGGAGCGGGU